GAAAAAGAGAAAGAUCAGUGCUACACUUAACAUAUCAACCAAAUGGGUCGUGUCACUAAUCCAUCAGACAAUGAAAGUGAAGAUCAUAGAUUGAUAAAGAAAAAGGAAAACAUGGUGGACUCAUCAAUUUCAAGCAUCACGAAGUAUAUCCAAGACGUGGCUAAAGGAAGAGGCCGUAGCAGUUUAGAGGCUUUAAUGCUCGAAGGUCUCAAGAUCAUCCAUAUCGGAAAAGGGAUUUUACGGUGUAAAUUGCGCAUUACCGAUCGAGUGUCGGGAGAAGAUGGAGUUUGGCAAGCCGGAGCAAUUACAUCGGUGAUGGACAUGAUCGGGGCUGCCGUGGUGUUCACCGCCGGGGAUGGACUUCAUGUCUCUCUUGAUCUCAACACUUCCUUUUAUUCCACGGCCAAGAUUCAAGAAGAAGUGGAGGUCGAAGGAAGAGUGGUAGCAACCAAAGCCAGUUUAAAAGGAGCAGUUGUUGAGAUUAGAAGAGAAGGCAACGGAGAAGUUAUAGCCACAGGAAGAAUUUGGAUGUCACAACUUAGUCUCAAAGUCAAAGAUGAAGUUACUCAACUUAGCAAGCUUUGAAUAAUUUCUCUUCAUAUGGUUAAUACAAACUAAAUUCGAUUCAUCUCUAAACCAAUAUCUAUAAGUUUUUUUUUUCUUUUUUUACUUUCGUGUAUUUGGAUUCGAGAUAUCUAUGUUGUUCAAUUUGUAUAACUAAACGUGACUACAAGAAAUUAUAAUUAUUAUAUUUUAACCGUUUUAA